UUUUUAGCUUCAUUACCCGUGAAGUUACAUCAGGUAUUGAAUAUCCUACAAAACAGCUUGGAAAAUAAUUUCAGUUCGUUUUGUUUAGGCUAGAAAGAAAUGAAUUUCUUUUUUGUUUUCUUUGUGGCUUUAUUAUUUGGAGGCUAGAUAAUUGCGGCGGAAACCUCUUCAGAAUGGACAACACUCUUAGUUACGAAAAUACUCCGACUUCAAAUGAGUACAAGUAUAAAACCUACAUACAGAUGAUCGCACAUUGGGCACAGUUGUAUCCAAACAAAGACGCGUUUGUAGAAUACAACGCAAAAGCAGAGAGACAUUCUAUAACCUGCCAAGAGUUGUUGGAAAAAAGUAAAUCUUUUGGGUGGUUUGUGGCCAGUAUUGGAAUCCAAAAAGGUGAUAUGGUUGCGUUCUGUAUGGAAAACUCCUUGAACAUGCUUGUUGCAAUGUUUGGUGUACAGUUUGCUGGAGGAAUACCUUUUUCAACUUUGCAAAGUAGAGCGGACGGGUAUGACGUCGUGAAGACUAUUCGUGGCCAAAAUUCCAAACUGCUUAUAAUGGACGCUAAGCAAGGGGAACACAGCUGGCAUCUGUUAGAGAACAUUCAGUCAUCUCAAGAUGUUUUCUGUCUUCUUGACGUCGUCUACAAUAACAAAUCCUCUGAACUGAUUCAUUUCCACUUUAAAGAAAAAGACAGUCAUGUUAUCAGUUUAACAAAUACGCCAGAAGUACAACUUCCAGAUGCGUAUCCUGAAGACUUGGCUAUGUAUUUCAAAACAUCCGGCAGCACCGGUGAACCAAAAUUGGUAGGGCAUGCUCAUUUUGGAUUUCCCGGCAGUACGUAUCUACUCAAAGAUUGCCUUGAAAUAGACAGCCAGUCCCGAUAUUUCUGCGACAGGCCGCUUGGAUGGAGUGGAGGCGCUCCCAGUUUGUUCUUCAACUUUGGAGCAACUCGUGUGAUACUGAACAGUUCUUUAUCGAUUCAUACAAACAAUAUAGAUUUCCUGUCCGACGUCAUAUACCAAGAAAAGUGCACACACGUGUAUCUACCUGGAUAUCUUGUCUCGGAUCUUCUUAGAAGUCGUGGAAAUGAGCCCAAAUUUUCUUCUGUCAAAGUUAUCAUUUUUUUCUCAGAAAGAUUCUCAAAGCAUUAUUCAGCAAUUCUAGACCGUUUUUGUAAGAAACUGGUCAUCUGUUACGGAUCCACAGAGACAGGCGAUGUAUCAAAUUUUUCCUCUUAUAGUUCUGAAGAGUAUGAGGAUGGACUUAUCGGGAAACCGUUACCAGGAAUUGAGAUGAAACUUGUUGACAGACAUGGCAAUAUUGUGCCACGUGGACAGGAAGGAGAGUUGCUUGUCAGGAGCGUUUAUAGAUUCCUAGAGUACAAAGAUAUGCAGGAAAAAUUUCUAGAUACAGUUGACAAACGAAACUGGCUUCACACUGGUGAUGUGGCGCAUAUACGAGAAGACGGCAACUUUAUAUUACAUGGACGGACAAGCGAACUAAUGUCUGUUGGUACUGUAAAGAUCUUUCCUCAAGAAGUUGAAAAAAUCUUAAUCAGUUGCUCAGAAGUAGAGGCCGUGGUAGUCGUACCGGUUCCUGACGAAAGAUUACACCAUGCCAUUUGCGCAUGCAUCUUGCUAUCGAAGACAAAGAGUGUGGGCGUAAAGGAUAUGCACACACAUUUCGACCAUCUGUGGACUGAGGCCGCUUAUAACAAGCCGAAGUAUUAUUUUGCAUUUGAGACAUUUCCGAAAAAUUCAAAUGGUAAAAUUGACAGGAAACGAAUUGCAAUGAUAGCUUCUUCACAACUGAAUCUUUGUUGAAAAGGACGUAAAAAAUACACACAAAUCAGAUCACAUGUGAAAAGCAAUUUUCCUGACAUUUGCCGUCCUUUUGUGUUCUUAUUUCAUUGCCACAAAUCAGUUUGUUGUCCUUUCGUGUCUUUACCUUCCGUAACAUAUGCAUAGAGAAAUAACAUCUAACAUGACGAGCUCUUUAUGUUAAGUAAUCUUACAAGUGAAAAAAAUAUAAUAAUACUGCAGAAAAAGGAUCGGCAUAUGUACGGAUGCGUUGUUAGCUCGUCUGAGUUCUGAAAACUAGGUAAAAUUGUCAUUUGAUCGUCGGUGUCAGCGUUGGUUUUUGUUUAGGUCUAAAUUUUCUCAUACACUAUAAGAGAUAUAUCUUUGAAACUUUGCAUACUUGUUAUGAUUUUUUAGGUUAGGAAGUAUACCAAGAACCAUAACUCUCGCUUGCAUUUUUCAAAAAGGACGACAUAUUACUAAAUUAAAUAUGUUUUAUGGUGAUGACACUAUGACACGAAAGAACGACAAAUUGUCGACUUUCACUUUAUCGCCUUGUAAAAAAUAAAUCUAUUAAAUAUGUAAAUCUACUUUGGGUGUUAUGAACAUGUAUUAACAGGCACAUGCGAAGAUAUUAUAUCUAUCUUCUGAACUUCAGUAUUUCUGUUAAGAUAUUUUCAUGACUCCACGUUAUGCAUCGAGACUAUAACAUAUGAAGUCUAUAAUUAUUUGAUAUUCUUUAAAUGGAAGGCAGGUAAAUAUGAUAGUAUGGUCUGUGUAUUUUUGAUCUGUUUAUCUCUUUUAUACUACACUAGUAGUUGGGUUGAAUUUUACUUACCUAGUUUUGUAGUAAUCUGAAAGAAGAUUGUUAUUUUAAGUUAACAGUUUUAUUUCCAUUCAUAGUAAUAAUUAAUAAUGGUGUUGUAGUAUCAGAGCGAGAUUUAGAUGAACAUGUGACCUACUACUACAAACUACCUAAGUAUAUUUGCUUAUUUUCUAUCGUUAAUUAUUAAAACUUAGCUUGCAAAAUAUGCAAGUUCUCAAAUGAACAUUAAUAAUCAGUCCAUUACCUUUACUUUCUUUUUUUAGUGGUGAAAUUUAACAACUCUUAUUUCACGCUUAGUAUUGUUUUGAUUGCUAUAUCAUGGGCUAUUGUUUCUCGUCGAUUCUCAUUCACUUCUACUGUUUUUGUUUAUCCUCACGUCCUGUUCCAUCUAGAGUGCUUUCUGCCAAACAUCUUAUGCUUCCUUUCGUCAUUCCACGACUAUUCUAUCUCACUUAUUUAUAAGUUUUAGUCACGUAUCAAGACUCUGUCUACAUACGUUAAUGUUUUAUGGCGUAACUUUACUUUUAAGUUACACCUUAAUAUCUUAGCCAUUUGUAGGUCGGCUUCAGAUUCACAUAUAUUGUAAGUCGCGCUCAUUUUAGGUAUCUCGAAGAUACCUUGAUGAUUAAAUGUAGACUAGUUAAUUGUUUUAAUACAUGUAAUAUGACAGAAUGCAAUCACGAAACCUACUCGAAUCUCACACAAUUAAAGUACUCUAAUUAGCAAAUACUGUAGUACAGUAAUAUAGUAAGAUUCAGGAGUUAAUCAUUCACCACCAGAUAUUAGUGAUUACACUAAUUAUAUUAAGAAUCACUGAGGUAAUUUUUUUAUAAUACUCUUGAAUUUCCAAUGAAUGGUUUAAGUUAUAUAGUUCCCAGAAAAUAUUGGAGAAUUAUGAGGUGCAGAUGGAAAAAUUCUAACGCUGAAGGCUUGAAAACGAAAAUCAUCACAUUGUUGUUCCCGGCGCUGACAACACUUCAUAUCUAUAUCAUGUUAACCAACCUGUGGACACCGAGUCAGACACUGACGCCAGGAUGAGUUUGACAGCUCUCCAUAUACUUUGUAUAGUCGAGCUGAAAAUGGUUAUUUUUCAUUCGGCAGUAGAUUACACACAUAUCGUGAUAUAUGCAUGUAGAGCGGAUGAAGUGGUACAGUUGUAAUACAAAGAAUGCUGUCUGAUCCACCAUAACUGUAACAUUUUUGAAUAUGAUUUCAGAUAAAGAUUUAAGUUAUACAUACGCGUUUGUGCAUGUGUUUAAACAAUGUUUAUAAGUGGAAUUUCUUUACGAUUGACACAUAUAUAGAACUGUUUAGCUCAUCUCACAUCGUAUUAUUGCAAAGAUAAAGCCUGUACUAAAAUGACAAGGUAGUAUUGUUGUAGUAACAGUACUUGUAGAUGACAAGUGGACACUAAUGAACACCAGUAUAGCUGAGCUUGCCUAGACCCAGUUGUUCAAAACUUUAACAGGCGAUUAAGCUAACAGUCGAUUAACUUUUACAGUUAUAUUUCGACAUUUUAGAAAACUUUGAAAACCAAAUGUAUGAGUUAAUGAUUAUGAACACCAAAAUGUCUUUACAGUAAAACUAUUACAUCGUACUAGUGUUUCCCAUCAAGACUACUAUUUUGAGUCAAAAUUUAAUAGGCGGUUAGUUUAAGAGUCUGUUAAAGUUUCGAACAGCUGGUUAAUUUGCCAAUAACAAGAUAUAUCCUAACUAUCGAUAAUAGUUAAUAUUGUUGAUUGUUCUUGCUGACAUUUAUGAAUAUUAUACAAUUUCUCUUAUAAACAGAUAGUAGAAUUCAUCCAACUGUUGGUAAUAAUGAUACUAUUGCACAAAAUCGUACUAAUGGUGAGAUAAUUUUCAUUAUCUGGUUACAUCUCUGUUGCCAUCCAGGAAUACAUAAUAAAAAUCAACAACAUCUGCAUGUUUGUCUUCAUCUUGCUAUAUAAGCAGAAUCCAAGAAUUGAAGGGCAAGUCACAUUUAUGCAGUUACAUGACUGACAUAUUCCUUGGAUGGAUUCUGCAGGUAAGGUUUUAUGUAAUAUUUUUGAGAAAAUUACUAACAUUUUAUACACUUUAAUAUUUUGUAUAUUGCGGUUAAAUAUUAUUUGUUAUUUGAAUAACGUAUUGUAAUGUAAUGAUAAUUCAUAGUCAUAAUUCAGUAAAUGAAGUGUUUGUUAUAAAGAAAUGUAUCAAGUGUAUUUUAUUACUAUAAAUUCUUAUUCACAUACAUUCAGUCACUUCUUUCCAAACAACGUACUUUGAAUAUUCAUUUAUUCACAAUUGAAAUUAGAUCAGGAUAAUCUGAGCGGAAAACGUAUUUAAGUAUAAUGAAUUUCCCUUACUAAUCAUUUUGAAAGAACAUUGUAAUGAUAGAUUAGUUGCUUAUUAUUAGACGGAAGAUAUAACUAGAUCUUGUGUAGUUGCAUAAUUUCAGUUAUGGUUUCAUGAAAAUAUGGUACGAAUCGCUGUUGCCAAUAUCUAGAUAUUAUAAGCAUCAUACUUGUUGUUUGUUCGUUAUAUAUCCAGUAUUUUUCAUGUUUGCCUCAUGUUUAUAGGUAAUUUAUGAUAAAGGAAUACAUUUCAUUUAACAUUCAUAUUUUACAUAUACUUGUUCACUUUUUACUAUUAUGGUUGUUUUGUUAAAAUAAAGUCACAUUUAUGCAGUUA